AACGAGGAAGAUGGUUAUGAACCAGGAUGUGAGGUCUGUAAAUUGAAGUUAUUUCAUUUUAAGGUCGUCUCACUGACCAGGAUUCUUCUAACAUGACACAAAAGAAUAAGAACCAGUAAAACGAUGGAUGCACCAGAUAGUUGUCCUAUUUGUUGGGAUGACUUUAAAGAGCCAAAAUUAUUGAAGUGCUGUCAUUCAUUUUGCUGCAAAUGUCUGAGGAACUACACAAGAAAAAACAGAGGACGUAGUGAGUUGACAUGUCCGCUGUGUCGACAAGCCUGGGAUAUACCGGACAAAGGUGUGGAUGGGUUCCUAACUAACUACUUCAUAGCUGACACACAUGUAAAACAGGAGGCAGUUCUUCUGCCUUGUUGCUACUGCAGGAAAGAACGAGUUCUUAAAACAUGUUCACACUGCAAUCAGACUAUGUGUAGUGAAUGUGCAGUGGAUCACCGUGAAGCACUGCGAUUGUCGGGGGAGGAUCAUCUCAGUGUAUUUGAGUGUAAGGACGAUAACACAAUCGACUCUGAUUCUGAUGAAAAUGACUCGACGGACUCUGGACGGCGUCAGCAGCGACGGAAUUCAUCAACCAUGGCUAUACCAUUUUCUUUGUCUAUUGCCUUGCCUCCUAUCCGGACCAAUUUCAAGGUAGAACCUUUAUCAACAUUUGUUAUUGAGAGUGAUUUUCCUGGUAGUAGUGAGCGUCCAUUUAUCAACUGUAUAUACCCAGUAUCAGAGGAUGAAUGUUGGAUAAUUCCAACUGCUGGACCAGAUUUGGUCCGCUACACCUGGGAAGGCGAGAGAAAGCAGAUUAUUCACCUUGGUGGUAUAAUAACAUCACUGGUCUUUCAGCCAGAUGGGAACUUCCUCAUCUCUCUCUGGGGUGACAGGUCAAUCGUGGCACUGCUGUCAGACUCCAUGGUGAGAGGAUUCUCAUACACAGGCGACAUCCAUCCUCAUUCUUUGGCUGCUUUCCCUGAUGGCCGUGUGGUGUUUUGUGGACCUUCAGCGAAACCUGCUGAAAAAUCAGACCCAGAAAAGGAAAAAACAACCAUCAAUGAGGGCAGCCUCUCCAUAUUAACUAAAGAUGGAUCCCUUAUCAGAGAAGUCAGACAUUCCAGAACAGUUUCGAUAUUUGAGAAUCCUGCAGCGGUUGCUGUUAACCCUUUUAAUAAUUCCAUAGCAGUGGCAGACAAGGGAAGGGGUUGUGUUUUCCUUCUGUCACAACAUGGUGAAAUCUUUUCACAGUACAAGGGAGCUAACCGCAGGCACCACUUCCCAUUUCUUUUAGCUCCACAGGAAGAUACCCAGUUCCUGCCCCUCAAUCUGUGCUAUAAUAGAGAAGGAAACUUGUACAUACUAGAUGCAUCGUCUAGACUAAUACAUGUCCUGAAUCCUGAUGGAGAAUUUCUGGGUAUGAUUGCACCAGGGGACAUUGAGGAGUUUUCACAUCCAUUUAGUAUUGCAGUAGAUCAUAAAGGCAGAAUCUGGAUUGGAGAUGAGUCAGAUCACUGUGUCCGAGUUUUUAAGAUAUCUCACUAUGUCAAUCAUUUUCCUAGAGACAAUUGAUCGUUAAAUGAAAAAUGAAGUGUGAUAAUUGAUAUUUUCCCAGUUAUGAAAGCUUUUAUGAGAUUUUUAGCCCACCAUCAUCAGAU